AUGUCGGCUGAGAUCCUGCAGCGACUCAGCACCUUGACGCUGAGUGUCAAUCACCUGAGCCGACUCCCUCGCCUGUCAGGCCUCGUCUCAUCCUCCCUGCCAUCACCCCGCCCCACCGUGCUCGCCUCCCAGGUCCCUGCACUCUUCCAGGAGCCCUACAUCCUGUCGGGCUACCGCCCCAUCCGGCAAGACUGGCGCUGCUACUUGCUCAGCCUCUUUCAGCGGCACAACGAAUCCCUGAACGUGUGGACUCACCUGCUGGCGGCUCCGGUGCUGUUGCUCCGCUGGUGGGCCAAUGCAGGUGCCGUGGGGUACACCUUGGACGCAGCCUCUCUGCCUCUCAGCCUCUUCAUGGUGUCCGCUCUCACAUACCUGAGCCUGAGCGUGGCCGCCCACCUCCUGCAGUCUCACUCUGAGCGUGCACAUUACUUCUUCUUCUUCAUGGACUAUGUGGGCGUGGCGGUGUAUCAGUACGGCUGCUCGCUCAGCCAUUACUUCUACACCUCCGAGCCGGCAUGGAGAGACAGCGUUGGGCUGGUCUUUCUACCCGGAGCAGCUUUCUUCGGGUGGCUCUCCUGCGCCGGCUGCUGCUUUGCCAAGUCCAGGUACGAGCGUCCGUAUCCGCUGCAGCGUAAAAUCUGCCAGCUGAUCCCCACCAGCCUUGCCUAUGUGCUGGACAUCAGCCCUGUGGUGCACCACCUGCUCAUCUCCUCAUGGGCGCAGGAGGCAUUCCACGCCCUGCAGAUCGCCUCGUUCCUGUUUGCUGCCUUCUUCUUCUCCUGCCCCAUCCCUGAGUGCUUCUUUCCCGGACGCUGUGACAUUGUGGGCCAGGGUCACCAGGUGUUCCACCUGUUCCUGUCCUUGUGCACGCUGUUCCAACUGGAGGCCCUGUUCCAGGACUACGCCAGGCGGCGGGACACGGUGGUGGAGGUGUUUGGAGAGCGGCAGCUGUGGUGGGCCUGCAUGUCCUUCCCGGCGCUGUUUGUGUGCUGCGUCCUGACAGCACUGGUCACAAUGAGGCUCACAAACGGGAAGCUGCUGCAGAAACACAAAAAACUGCUUUAAAU